AGUGGGGCUGUCGGAGCGGCGCGGCCGUGUAGCUCCCGGGAACUGGCUGUCGUGGGGGUGGCGGGGACGCGAGUGGCGGCUGCGUGGGGUGCAGGGCGGGUGGCCGCACGGCUGCACCUUCCUCACGGAGCCCGGAGUCGACUUGGAGCAAUUGCGGUGAGGCGACAGCCCCGGCGCACACCGGAGAAGAAGCGGCGGUGGCGGCGGUGGCGGCGGCCCCAGCCAUGCUGUGCUAUGUGACGAGGCCGGACGCGGUGCUGAUGGAGGUGGAGGUGGAGGCAAAAGCCAACGGCGAGGACUGUCUCAACCAGGUGUGCAGGCGUCUAGGGAUCAUCGAGGUUGAUUAUUUUGGGCUGCAGUUCACGGGGAGCAAAGGUGAGAGCUUAUGGCUGAAUCUGAGAAACCGGAUCUCGCAGCAGAUGGAUGGGCUGGCACCUUACCGGCUUAAACUGAGGGUCAAGUUCUUUGUGGAGCCUCAUCUCAUCUUACAGGAGCAGACAAGGCAUAUCUUUUUCUUGCACAUUAAAGAGUCCCUCUUGGCAGGCCACCUCCAGUGUUCCCCAGAGCAGGCCGUGGAACUCAGUGCCCUCCUGGCCCAGACCAAAUUUGGAGACUACAACCAGAACACCGCCCAAUACAGCUAUGAGGACCUGUGUGAGAAAGAGCUCUCCAGCUCCACUUUGAACAGCAUCAUUGCGAAGCAUAAGGAGCUGGAGGGCAUCAGCCAGGCCUCUGCCGAGUACCAGGUUCUGCAGAUUGUGUCAGCAAUGGAGAACUACGGCAUAGAGUGGCAUGCCGUGAGGGACAGCGAAGGACAGAAACUCCUCAUUGGGGUUGGACCUGAAGGCAUCUCGAUCUGUAAAGAGGACUUUAGCCCUAUUAACAGGAUAGCUUAUCCUGUGGUGCAGAUGGCCACCCAGUCAGGAAAGAAUGUCUACUUGACCGUCACCAAGGAGUCCGGCAACAGCAUCGUGCUCCUGUUUAAGAUGAUCAGCACCAGAGCAGCCAGCGGCCUCUACCGAGCCAUCACCGAAACACAUGCAUUCUACAGGUGUGACACAGUCACCAGCGCCGUCAUGAUGCAGUACAGUCGCGACCUGAAGGGCCACUUGGCGUCUCUGUUUCUGAACGAAAACAUUAACCUUGGUAAGAAAUACGUCUUCGACAUCAAGAGAACAUCCAAAGAGGUCUAUGACCACGCCAGGAGGGCUCUGUACAACGCCGGCGUUGUGGACCUUGUCUCUCGAAGUGACCAGAGCCCUCCCAGCUCGCCCCUGAAGUCCUCAGACAGCAGCAUGAGCUGCAGCAGCUGUGAGGGCCUCAGCUGCCAGCAGACCCGGGUGCUGCAGGAGAAGCUGCGCAAGCUGAAGGAAGCCAUGCUGUGUAUGGCGUGCUGCGAGGAAGAGAUCAACUCCACCUUCUGCCCCUGCGGCCACACUGUGUGCUGCGAGAGCUGUGCAGCCCAGCUGCAGUCCUGUCCGGUCUGUAGAUCCCGUGUGGAGCAUGUCCAGCACGUCUACCUGCCCACCCACACCAGUCUCCUCAAUCUGACUGUCAUCUGAUGCGUCCUGCACUCGCUGGACAAGCCAUGUCCCCACAAGCUGCAGUAUUGUAAACUAUAAGAAUAAUAACUUUGUGAAGAGCUAUUUCACUCUCAACACCCAUCUGCCAUGAGACAUUUUCAGAAACAAGGAGGAAAAGAAAACAAGAAUGUGACCACACCUCUUCCGUGAGGAGAAGCAACAGGCCCCGUGGCCACCAGGAAGAACGCUGGGACACGGACACAUUCCUUGAACUUUAGGGUUGUUUUUUUUUUAAUGAUCAAGUAAAGGAGUAGAUAAAAUCGUCUUCGUCAGUCAAGUGGCAACAUGGCCCAACUGUGGGCACCUUUUAGGAAAUGAUGCCUCCUUCAUUUUUCCCCGGGCAGAAGAUUUUGUAAGUGUUUUAAGGAUUUCCUUGGUUCUUUUUGUAUGGUCAUGGAGCGCUGAACAUUUUUAAUAGGGAUUUUUUUUUUCUUAAAGAAAUAGUCCUCAUUAUAAAAGUCAUUUCUGUCUUUAUAAUUAUAAAUUAUAAUUCAAGAACAACUGGAAAAGCUGGCAGAUUGAAAAAAAAAAGCAAUCCUGUGACUUCCCAAGGGUUGACAGCAAUGUUGUCAGAUUGGAAGCAGUCUGGCUGAGAGCCAACAGGUAGCUCACUGUGGGUGACUUCCUUCCUAGCCCUUCCGUUUCCCCUCACUCCGCACCCCAUGCCUUUCACUGAUAAAAAUGCUACCAGUUUGGUUAAGAGACAUACAUGGUAGAGUCAAGCACUCCCUGGGCUUUGGAGAUUGGAAAGCGAGAGUAGCUUCCUUGAAGGAAAAAGGUGAGAGAGAGAGAGAGAGAGAGAGAGAGAGAGAGAGAGAGAGAGGCACGAGCCAGAGAGCCACUCAGUAUGCCCGAGUGGUUCUUCACGUUCCCAAGCACUCACUCCAGCUGCACCCAUUGGUGUCGCCUUGCUUGAAGAUCAAACUUUCUACAGCCUUAUAGGUUUCUAGAUAGUGUCUCCUUUUUGUGUAUGUCUUGUUUCUCGUUGUUCGAGUUUCCCUAUGUCAGUGCUUCCGUACUCAUUGUCCUGCCCCUCGGUGUCUUCCAGAGCUACUGCUUUAUGUUUCCAUAUUCUAAAUUCUCACCCCCACUUGGGCAUUUUGGAAGCUAGUGAGCUAGGGGGUUUCUAGGGUGUCGGGAAACCUAGCUGACCUCAUCGGGUGCAAUACUAGCUAAGUUCAAGCUAGAAGCCUACACUGUCACUUUACUGAGAUUUCUGAGUCUACGUUUCAUAUUGCCUUAAUGUAGCAGUAAUGUGUUUAUGCAUUUGUUUCUUUGCACAGACAUUUUGUCAGAUAUUAAAACUCUACUUUUUUAUGGCACAUAUUAGCAUAUAAGCCUUUAUUCCAAGAGGUAUUUAUUUUUUCACUUGUAAAAAAAAAAUAAUGUUUCCACAUU